UUCUAGAGCCGCGCGUGCGCAGUGCUAAAUGGAGCAGCGGGGACGCGCCCUUGUGCGGGCACGGCGCUACGGAUAACCCGUCGAAGAAUUCUCCUCAGUGGCUUUUCUACGGUUAAACGAGCGAGUGUGAGCCCAGGUGAGCGCGCUCCUCAGUGGUUCGUCUUGUCAGCUCGUCCUUCCCUCCGUCAUGUGGCCCCGCCCCCUGUGUCCGCCAUCUUGCGGCCGGUGACUGAGGCGAUCUCAGCCCGCUGACAGACGAACGGAGAAGCGUGGAGCGAGCGGAGAGGAGAAGCGGGCCCCGUACUCUGCACUGCCGGCCUCUCCGGACACUGAGCGCUGAAGGCGGAUCCGGGUGAGGAGCCAGGAGCCCGACGACAAACUUCCUCCAUUGGCCGAACACUUGCAGUACGCUGUCCCUUGUGUUUUCACCUUACAGCCCAAAUGUAUGUGAGAGGUCCUCUUCGGUAUCUACUCUGAGACUUGCUGUGUUUCUUUACAAGUCGGGAACGUUUCGCCAAAAUGUUCUGGAAGUUUGACCUGAACACAACGUCGCAUGUGGACAAGCUCCUGGAAAAGGAGGAUGUGACUUUGCAGGAGUUGAUGGAUGAAGAUGACUUGCUCCAGGAGUGCAAGGCUCAGAACCAGCGGCUGCUGGACUUCCUUUGCCAGGCUCAGUGCAUGGAGCAGCUUGUACAGCUCAUCACACAAAAGCCUUCUGAAGAUAUGGAGGAGAAAGUCCGCUUCAAGUAUCCUAACAUAGCCUGUGAGCUACUUACAUGUGAUGUGCCACAAAUUAAUGAGAAAUUAGGUGAAGAUGAGCACCUACUCGACAUCCUCUAUGACUUCCUACGACAAGAACCUCCUCUUAACUCGCUGCUGGCCAGCUUCUUUAGCAAGAGUAUUGGAAACUUGAUAGCCCGGAAAACAGAGCAAGUCAUUGGGUUCCUGAGGAAAAAGGAACAAUUCCUAACAUUGGUGCUGGAUCACAUUGGUACUUCAGCUAUGAUGGACUUGUUACUUCGUCUCAUCAGUUGCGUGGAGCCGGCUCCCUUAAGACAAGAAGUGCUAAACUGGUUGAAUGAAGAGAGGCUCAUUCAGCGACUAAUAGAUCUUAUUCACUGCAGUCAAGAUGAAGAUAGGCAGUCUAAUGCAUCUCAAACUUUAUGUGAUCUCAUCCGACUGAGCAGAGAUCAGUGCAAUCAAAUGCAGGAGAUAUUGGAGACCGAUCCUUUGUUAGUAACUCUUGAAUCGCAGCAGUGCGUAGAGCAGCUUUUGCACAAUAUGUUUGAUGGGGAGCUGACUGAUAGCUGUGUUGUGAGCGGCACUCAGAUCUUGCUGACUCUUUUGGAAACUAGAAGAUCAAGUACGGAUCCUCUCCUAGAUUCACUUCCUCAGGGGUUUGAGAGACAAAGUCCUGCUGUGAGCAGUAGUAUUCUUCAGGGUAUAGAGUCACGCCUGAAGGAUUUUCACCACCUGCUUCAACAUCCUCCAAAGAAAGAAUCAAUUUUGACCACUAUUGGUGUUCUGGAAGAACCCUUAGGCAAUGCACGACUCCACACUACACGCCUCAUAGCUGCCUUGUUGCAUGCCAAUACUCCCAGUGUUAACCAAGAACUCUGUCGGCUUGGCACCAUGGAUCUCCUACUUGACUUGUUUUUCCGGUACACCUGGAAUAAUUUUCUACAUGUCCAGGUUGAGUUGUGUAUAGCAGCAAUACUCUCCCAUUGUCUGCAAGAUGGACGAAAUUCUUCCAUUGUGGAGGAGAGAAAUACGGAAGAGUCACUUAAUGGCAAUACAGAAGAGUGUGAGAAAUCCGUACCCGAGCAAGAGGAUCUCAUGAUUACGCAUCUUUUCCAGAAAUGCUGUUUGGUACAAAGAAUAUUGGAUGCUUGGGAUACAAAUGACAAGAUUCAGGCUGCAGGAGGCAUGAGAAGAGGGAAUAUGGGUCACUUAACACGCAUUGCCAAUGCAGUUGUACAGAAUAUGGAGAAGGGUCCUAUGCAAGCACAGAUCAGUGACAUUAUUACAGAGUUGCCUGAAGAUUGCAAAGGAAGAUGGGAGACGUUUGUUGAGGAAACCCUGACUGAAACUAACCGCAGGAAUACUGUAGAUUUGGUGAAUACUCACCACCUGCGUUCCUCAAGCGAAGAUGAAGAUAUUGACAAUGCUUUUCCCAAUGAAUUGUCUGUACAGCAAGCCUUCUCUGACUACCAAGUUCAACAGAUGACCUCUAAUUUUGUGGAUCAAUUUGGUUUUAAUGAUGAAGAAUUUGCUGAACAGGAAGAUAACAUCAAUGCACCUUUUGACCGAAUAACAGAGAUUAAUUUUAACUUGGAAGCUGAAGAUGAAAAUCCUAACGCUGCUCUAUUUGAAGCCUGCUGCAAUGAGCGUAUCCAACAGUUUGAUGAUGAAGAGGAAGAUAUCUGGGAAGAAAAGGAGAUUGGUUAUGGAACACAACAAGUUAAAUCUAGAACUCGCUGCAGGUUUGGGGUGUCAUCUUCAGAAGAUUCUUCCCGCAGUGACUUAGAAAAUGGAGAGCCUGGCGCCAGCCCUGCAUCUGAUGAGGAGGAGGAGGAGACAGAAGGCCGUACCGUAGAGACAUCACCACCUCUUAGCCCAAUUCGUAGCAACUCACCUACACAAAAAGAUUCUUCAGCUACAGAAGAGACCGGCUGGAGUGCAGUGUUUGAACCAGUGAACUCUAAGCCUCCCACCCCAUGUGUGGCUAUAGAUGUUGGCUCGAGUGUGUGGGAUGCAUCUGCUCCUGAAACUUCCACCCCUGAGGAGAAGGGAUGGGCUAAAUUCACGGACUUUCAGCCAUUCUGUUGCUCAGAGUCUGGACCCCGGUGUAGUUCUCCAGUGGAUACAGAGAGCAGUGGCUCUGAGGGACACACCAAACAGAGUCAGGAAAAAUUCUUUAGUACUGCAUCCCCCUGCGUGUGGAAUGUGUGUGUAGCCAGGAAAGCCCCGGUUGUUGGUUCAGAUAGUAGUUCCUCUGGUGGCUCAGAUAGUGAGGAGGAAGAAAAAACGAAUAUAGUAACUGAAACCAUCAGCACUGGAGCUGGACAUGAGACUAUCAGACUCACAAUGGACACCAAGAAUGAGAAGGCCACAUUUAGUAGAAUCUUUACUCCUGCAGGUAAUCCUGAUGGCUUGGUCAUUGAUCAGUUGACAAUUGCGGAUGUCCAAUGUGCAAAGGAAAAUCAUCCUUGUAGUAGUAGCCAGGAGGAUGCAUCCCAAGAGCAGUGUUCAGUUGCUACAUGCAUCAAAAAUACCCAAGGCUCUUGCAGAGAAAAAAGCCAUGAAGAUGUUGCCCUGAAUUCUGAGACCACAUUGAACGGGCCUGCAUGACAUAGCUGUUGCUGCUCCAAACUAUAUCUGGUGUGAGGCAGGACCUCUUACUCCCAGGGAACUUUAUGCAAAUGAAGAGACAUCUGAUUUGUUUAAAGAACUGUAUGCCAGAACUACAGAAAUGGAAAUCUGGUAGAUGUUGGAAAACUAAAUGCUCAGACUUUGACAGCUUGGAAAUCUGUCUGUAGGAGUGUAUGUUAAACAUAACCCCUAUGGAUGCUUUGACAUGAAAACUGCCUCAUGCUUAUGCAGCUUCUUCCAUAUAUUUUUUUGUCAUAGCUAUCUCUCUGCUGUAGAAGAGUAACGGGACAGCUGGAAAAUGAGCAUGGAUGAGUUAUUGGUGCAUCCCUGUCUGCAAAUACCAUAAGCCUAGUUCCUUUUUGUUUUUAGCAAUAAUUUCUCCUCGUUUUAUCAGACACUUUCCAUGCUCAUACGUGAAUUUAUCCAGCUAUAGAACAGUUCAUCAAAUCACAAGCUGGUCCUGUGCUUGUACAGGAACACAGGAUGCUGGUACAGACGGCCAUCAGUCUUAUUCCUGUUUCCAUGCACUUUAUCAUGCAAUUCUUCUCAAGCACCUUUUAAUAAUGAAAUAGACAUAAUUUUUAGUUUAAUAUGUAAGUGUUAAUCUUGUUUGAAAAGUGAUUUUUAUUUUAUUUUAAAUUUUUUGGGGGGGUCUGCUUUGUUUUAUCAGGGAAUAGUACAGUCCGUACCCAGAAAGUUCAUAAAAUGAACAUUAAUUUUGCAGGUA